AUCGACUAAUCAAUCCUUUGUCCACCCAGCGACUCAGCAAGCAGAUCUCCUUCCGCUCACAAACUGAGAUCCUUCACCUUAUCGUCUGCUGCUCCAGUCUCGCCUCGCCUUACUCUUUUCCCCGCUCAGUGCCGCCUCACCUCUGCGCUGUCUCUCGUUCCGCUCCUCCCCAUCUCCCAUCUGAAACACGGCUUCUCAGCAACGAGUCUGGCCUUUCUCCGAGACCCGGCGUUCUCGGCCAUCAUUACUCGUCGUGCUGCUCGUCCCUAGUUGGGCAUCUUUGUCGACCCUGGCGAAACACUGUUCCCACUGUCUGGGGUGUCUUGGAGGAUUUCGAGGAGGUCCCAGGGGCUUCACUACACCCGCGCCGUAUCCCAGUGACCGACGCACGCUAUACGCGAUGCUCAAAAAGAAGACCUUGCAUCCGCCCAUACUCUUCCGACAUCAUACUCCCAGCACAACGCCUGAGCUCUCUCCCACGACUUCCUCAUCGGACAGCGAGUCGGACGAGGACAUGGACCCCUCCGGUUCGCGUCCGUUGAGCUUGACGGUUCCGGGUGCAUUCUGUCCUAUGCGACCCUCGUUAGAUGAGGUGCUGGCCAACACUGCACCUGCACCAUACACCCUCGGCGCCUUCAUGGCUUAUCUCUCACAGAAUCAUUGUCUGGAGACUCUGGAGUUCACCCUUGAAGCCAAGCGGUACCGGGAAACUUACGAUGCACUGAGCCACCAGAUGAACGAAUUGCCAAUCGUCUCCGAUUGCCCCGAAAGCCAGCAUCUGCAGAUGCUUUGGCAGCGAUUGUUGACUGCGUACAUCUUGCCCGGAUCGCCGCGUGAGAUCAAUGUCUCUAGCGAGGUUCGCGAUGAUAUUCUUCGGCACACAAACUUUUCCACCCCCCCCUGUCCUGAUUCCCUCAACACUGCUGUCAAACUCGUCCACGAUUUGAUGGAAGAAUCGAUCUUUCUGCCAUUCCUCAACGCCCAUGCCUCGACCGCUCACGUGUUGCCGCUAUCGGAGCCGUUAUUCUCACACGAGGAUGAUAUCACGGUCGUCUCGAAUUCGAGUUUUGACGAACAUACAGCCAACCGCGGCCGGUCGAAGAGGAGGCGGCAGUCACCCCAGUCUUCCAAAGACAUGGGAUCCCCGGUGUCCGUCGGUUCUCCGUCCAGCCAUUCCGGCCGCUCUAAUUUCUCAUUGAGUGCAAUGACUUCUAUGGGAAAGGUGGGCCAUCGGACUUCGGGCCAAGCCUCCAGCACUAGCGGAGAUUCCGGGUCCGGAGCCUUGACCGACGACUCCGGAAGCUUGCAGUCGAGCGCGAGCGCUGGUGAACCGAUGACGCCGCCGACAACGCCGCCUUCCAGUGACCCCCACUGCAUGCACCUGGCCCACAGCCCGAAGCGCACCGACAACCCAUGGAAGAAGAUGGGGCUAAAGUUGGGGUUUAAAAAGCGAUCGGGCCAUGGAGGCUCUGGAAACCAACAUUUCAAAUUGUCUGGUAUGGAUGAAUGACUGGCCGUCCCCAGA